ACUGGCAGGUUUUUGACAACUUUAUUGUGAAUAAAAGGAGUUUAAAGAAGAGGAACUGCAAAGUGUGCUGCGUUGCUGUUUUUGCCCGUGGAAGUCCGAUUAAUCAUCAAAAUGUCUGAUAAGCCUGUUGAGAAAGUUGGUCGCCCCAUGAAGUACCCGUAUACUUUCAGCGCAAAAAUCGCUCAAUUUCCGCUAAAACACUACAUACAGAAUCAAUGGAUUUGGAAAUAUUAUUUCAUUGCUUUUGGUCUGUGCAUUCCAGUAUUCUAUAAAAUCAGCAAAUUAGCAAACUCGCCCGCAAACAAACAAAAAUGGGCCGAGAGCCAGGCCAAGGAAGCUGCAGAACAUCAUUAAAUUGAAAGGAAUAUCACUGGUCAUUUGAUAUAUAAUUAAUUUAUAAAUUUUUGAAAAUAUGUUCAGGAAUAAAUAGCGUAUUUUUGAACCUCACAACAACAAUUCUGGAGUUCAUGCAAGAUA